AUGGAUCCUCCACAGUUGACAUUGUGGGUUUCAACUUCAUCAAAUAACCAGUCUCCUGGGCCUAGUGCCGACAUGGACCAGCAGGACUUUCAGGAAUUUACCGAAGGAGCUGUCAUGUUCAACGUCAGUGCCUCCGAGGAUUUAUAUAUAGGCAUCUCAGCGCCAACAAUCAACCCCAAAUACUUUUCUGGCAUUUAUAACUUCAAGGUCGCCGCGUCGACCGAUGCUCCCUACUUCAGCUACGAUGAAUCGUCGGAGGCGGAUCUGAUAUGGGUAGACAGCGAUGCAUCUGCUGCCCUGCUGAUGACACACAACCUCACAACUAGCACUGACGAGGCGGUUGACCAGCAGGUCAUGAGCACAGAGCCAUACGUGAUGUUUGCUCAGAAUGAUCAGGACCGGUCGAUCAGCGGCCUUCGAUACUCGUACUGUGGCUUGACGAACUAUGCACAGAUAGCGGCUGUCCGAAAUGGCAAAUUUGCAAGCAUGGUUACGACAGGCAUGACGAGGCGUGGCGCUGGCAACCUCCCAAAGCAGCAAUUCUAUUUCAGCGGUCUGAACGCGAGCACGAACUACGCUGGUAUCUUGGCUAGGAAUACAGCUACAUCUACCACCAGCGUCGGCGCUGGCGGGCAUGUGUUCCGAGCUACCAACUUCACAACGAAGUCUCAGGGAGGAAACUGUGCGGUAGUCUUCAACCUGACCUUCUGCGAUGAGGUUGCGUAUGCUGUUCCCAGCAAUAACAACACGUUUCCUAACGCCACGCUCCUGGCAAACUUCUACGAUGACUUCGCGCAGGAGAUGUAUUCGAACUUCGAGAAGAAUCUCGCCCAGAUUCAGUGCGAGGCUGAGUCGACACAAAGAUACUCCCUGGUGAGGAACUGUUCGCAAUGUGCCGAGGCAUACAAGGCCUGGCUGUGCUCGGUCACCAUUCCUCGCUGUGAAGACUUCGCAAAGGAGGACUCGUAUCUCUGGCCACGGGCCAUCACGCAACCGUUUCCGGACAAGUCUACACUAUCGCAGUCCGUCAUAGAAAGCAUUCAGAAUAACAAGACCAGCGGCGUCGACUCCUCGCGCCUCCCACGGAUCGACGAGUUUGUCAAGCCCGGUCCCUAUAAGGAGGUCCUCCCCUGCGAGGACCUCUGCUACAACAUCGUCCAGAGUUGCCCUGCAUCUCUGGGCUUCUCUUGUCCACAGCCGGGCAUGAUUGGCUUCGACCAGAGCUACGGCCGGCGGUCCGAGGAGGAUGCCAACGGGGUGAUUACUUGCAACUACCCCGGCUCGGCCCACUUCUUCUCUUCCUCGGCUCUCGUAUCAAUACCUUGGGUGACGAUGACCCUUGCGGCCAGCCUGAUGGCUCUCGUCCUUCUCUAG